UGUCAGUUUAACGCGGACGUGCAUACGAUUGUUUCAGAUCAUAAUUUCUAUUUGGAGUAAAUUAAUAAAGUAUAUACAAUGAGAUUAUCAGCACUUCUGUAUUUUGGGAAGAAACCGCACGGCAUUAAAUAUAGAGGAAAAUAUCGUGUUGUACGAGAAAUUAAAACGAGUGAAUUACGUCAAUUGAAAGCGGAAUAUGAAAGAACAGAGAAAAAUAUGUUAUAUUUACGACAUCCAUACUUGACGAUUGAACAAUCUUUUAAUCACAUGUCCAGAGAGGAUCGAAACAAAUCAUUUUGGGAAAAAGUUCGUAAACCAAGAGAUGAAAGAUUUUCAAACCAUGUAACACUGGCCGAGAGAUUGAUUAAUUUAAAAGUUAAAGACGCAUGGGAAUAGAUUAUUACAAAUAGUUGCUUAAGAAUAUUAUUAUAUAUCAAGUACAAGUGUCAAAACAUUUGGAUUCUUAUCAUAUGACUUUCGAGGCCUUAUUUGUGGCAAUAUAUUUAAUUUCUUUGUUUUAUUUAAGAAAGUAAUACAAAUGUUUAAUACAAACAAUAAC